UGCUCCAAAAAAGGUGAAGCUCUCUCCCUCCUCCACCUUUCCCCUCCCCCCUCCUCGCCUAGGGUUUCCCACCCCCACCAUGCCUCACCCCCCCCGAACCCUAACCCUAACCCUAACCUAGCCUAGUGCGGCGACCAUGGCGGCGGCGGGGGAGUACUCGUUCGCGGCGGAGUACGACGGCCCGCCGCUGCCCUACUCGCUGCCGCGCGCCAUCCCGCUCGACCUGUCGCGGAUCCCGCUCGCCUCGCUCUCGUCCCCCACCUCGCCACCGCCACCCACGGCGCCGCCGCUCCCCGUCGUGCGCCCCCUCACGCCCUCCUCCCUCUGCUCCGCCAUCCACGGCCACCGCGCCGGGGUUUCCUCCGCUGCUGCUGGUGCCGCCGCGGCGCAGUCGUCGUCAUCGUCGUCCUCCGCUGCCGCCUCCGCCUCCGCGGGUGGUGGUGGUGGGGUUGCUGGGGCAGCGGCGGUGGAUUCACCCACCUCCGUCAUCGAGAACCACCACGCGGCUCUCCACCACUCCGCCGAGCUCCCGUCGACGCCCUCCGACGACGACGAGAACGCGGAUGAGGACGACUACGAUGGACGCAGGGCGGGUGCGCCGCCGCCGCCGCUGUUGAAGUCCCACCACCAGCCCAUGGUCACCUUCGCGGAGACCAGCGGCUCCCUCCUCCAAUCCUCGGAAGACGACGACGACGACGAGGAGGAUGAGGAGGAAGACGAGGAAUACGGCGAGGACGCCAUGCCCGUGCGAUCGAGCGGCUCCCUCUCCCCCGCGCACUGGAGGGGAGCCUCCAAAUCCCGUGGUUGCUUCAGAUGCGGGAAAGGGGGCAGCUUCUGGGCCCGCGGGGACAAGGAGGCUUGCCUCGCCUGCGGCGCGCGGUACUGCGGUGGUUGCUUGCUCCGGGCGAUGGGGUCCAUGCCGGAGGGGCGCAAGUGCCUGGACUGCAUAGGGCGGCCGGUGGCCGAGUCAAAGCGGGAUUCGCUGGGGAGAGGCUCACGUGUGCUGCGGCGGCUGCUCAGCGCCACGGAGGUGGAGCUUGUCAUGAGGAGCGAGCGGGAAUGCGCCGCCAACCAGCUGCGACCGGAGGACGUGUAUGUGAAUGGCACCAAGCUGUCGCCGGAGGAGCUCGUCAUGCUGCAGGGGUGCCAGUGCCCUCCUUCUAAGCUCCGGCCGGGGUUCUAUUGGUACGACAAGGUUUCCGGCUUCUGGGGAAAGGAGGGUCACAAGCCCCAUUGCAUAAUAAGCCCAAAUCUAAAUGUUGGAGGCGCUCUAGAUCAAAAGGCCAGCAACGGGAACACUGGGAUCUUGAUAAACGGCCGCGAGAUUACGAAAUCUGAGCUGCAAAUGCUUAAGUUGGCAGGAGUUCAAUGUGCUGGAAAACCUCACUUUUGGGUGAAUGCUGAUGGGACUUACCAAGAGGAAGGACAAAAAACAGUUAAAGGCAAGAUUUGGGAUAAGCCUAUUGUGAAGCUGCUUAGUCCUGUCCUAUCACUGCCAACGCCUAACAAAGCAAAUAAUCAAUGCGGUGAAGAGCCAGUGAAUGUGGUAAAUCGACCCAUCCCUGACUACUUGGAGCAAAGGACCAUUCAGAAGCUCCUGUUGGUUGGAUCAGGGACAAACACCAUACUCAAGCAGGCCAAGUUCUUGUACAAGAGCAGACCAUUUUCUGUAGAGGAGUGUGAAGAUCUCAGACUUAUCAUACAAAGUAACAUAUACAACUACCUUGGUAUACUACUUGAAGGGCGUGAAAGAUUUGAAGAGGAAGCUAUAGCUGACAGAAGAACUACCUGCCAAAGUGAUCCUUCUAGCUCUGGCCAUUGUGAACCAGAGCUUUGUAAUGACAUUACUGAGUACUAUAUUGCUCCACGCCUGAAAGCAUUCUCUGAUUGGAUUCUAAAAGCUAUGGCCAUAGGUAAUCUUGAAGACAUUUUCCCUGCAGCUAGUCGUGAAUAUGCACCAAUGGUUGAGGAACUAUGGAAAGAUCCUGCUAUUCAAGCUACAUAUAACCGGAGAAGUGAACUGCCAUUCCUUCCAUCUGCUGCUAGUUAUUUCCUUGACAAGGCUGUUGAUAUUUCCCGAACGGAAUAUGAGCUCUCUGAUAUGGAUAUCCUUUACGCUGAUGGGAUAACAUCCUCAGAUGGGUUAGCAUCUACAGAUUUCUCCUUCCCACAACUGGCUUUGGACGGGCGGGGUUUUGAUGAGCCAGAUCCACAAGACACUUUGCUAAGGUACCAACUAAUAAGAAUAAACAACAAAGGAUUGCAUGAGAACUGUAAAUGGCUGCAAAUGUUCGAUGAUGUGAGGCUUGUUAUCUUCUGUGUUGCGGUCAGCGACUAUGAUGAGUACUACGAGGAUGCAAACGGCAAUGUUGUGAACAAGAUGAUGGAGACCAGGCAGCUAUUUGAGAGCAUUGCCCUUCAUCCGAUAUUUGAGCAGAUGGAUUUCCUUCUACUUCUCACCAAGUUUGAUAUCCUAGAGCAGAAGAUCGGCAAAUCUCCUUUAACAUCAUGCGACUGGUUCAGCGACUUCACUCCCCUGGUAAGCCGCAAUCUGAUCAACGGCACCAGCAAAAGCUCGCGGGGCAGCUCCACUGGCUCGACAUUGGCGCAGAUGGCGGGUCACUACAUUGCGGUGAAGUUCAAGAGCGUAUUCCAGUCGUUCACGGAGCGGAAACUCUACGUGUCCUACGUGAACGCCCUGGACCAGGAGUCGGUCCGCUCCGCGAUCCGCUAUGGAAGGGAGAUCAUCAAGUGGGAAGACGAGAAGCCCGUGUUUGGGUCCAGCGAGACGACAUACAGCGAGGAGCCGAGCUCCUACUCUCACUGACCCCUCCUCCCUCAACAACAUUUGCUUUUGAGGUGUAAAUAGCUGUGAAUGCAUUUGCUCUCCCAGCAACCUUUUUUCCUUUUAGAGUUUUCUCAUUUUUUCCCCUUUUGUUGCCUAGCAAGAUCAUCGGCUUGUAUGGUUGUUUAGUUGUUUACAAGUAGGGUGAGAUGCAAGAGGUCUGCCUGAUUCUGAUUCUUGUAUGUAUGGAAUUAUAAUCUUUAAAUUAACAUGGUGCUGAUUCUUGUACUUCAGUUUGUGCCUCGUGCCAAAUCCCUAGAACAUUUCCCCCAAAAUCAAACUGAUCCAAUUCUGUAAUUUUCCUGAAUCUCAAAUCAGGACUGAACGAAAAACUGCAAAUUUUCCUUCACAUCAAUUUGAAAGCUGGAAACGAGGAAAGAGAUGGGUAGGAAAAAUACUGCAUUCUUAUUUUUUAUUUACACAUGAGAGUGAACUGAAGCAAGUAGUAGCAGCAGCGACAAGUCAAAUAUAUACAGCGUGGCUUGCCAUUUCCUCCCGGGGAUACGCGUCAUCGUCUACUACUCUUCUCUUUACAAACGCGUCUAUGACGUCACGAUUAGCUCGGGGGCGCGCCAUGGGUGACGUCACGGACGAUCAGCUGGGCGCGAAGUGGUCGAGGAGGAGGAAGACGGUGGUGUCGGACAUGGCGCCGCCGCACGCGCCGACGUCUCCCUCCUCUUUCCUCCUCCUCGUCUCCACGCCGAGGGCGGCGCCGGCGCCGGCGACCCCCUUCUUCUCGUCUGCCUCAUCUCCCCUCUGCCGCCGCCGCCGCUGGUCUGUGCUCACCAUGGCCUGCCACUUCCCCUGCAGCGCGGCGGAGAGCUCGCCGAGCCACUCGCCGCCGGCGGCAUGCAGCCCACCGGACGCCGUCGCCGUCGCCGAAGACAUGGUUGACUUGAUGCGAAUUAAGCUGAGAGAGAAAUCGCAAAUGCUGCAAGUGAUGGAUCGAUCCU